GGUCACAUGGUAUUUGGCGGGCACUCUGCUUUAUCGCUCAUCUAUGAGAUAUUUAAUUCUUUCAACUAUAUUAUUAUAAUUUUAAAAGUUAUAUAACAAUUAUGUCGACUGAGACGAUUAUACAUUUUAAAAAAGAAUCAGACAUUCCAGAAGGACCAAGAGAGGGGCAUUGUUGUGCAUUGAGUAGCGAAAACAAGUUAUAUAUAUUUGGAGGAUUAUCACCUAAGAGUGAAAACCUAGAGUGUAAUAAAUUAUUAGAAUAUGAUUGCUACAAUGGAAAAUGGGCAACACUUUCGGUUACUGGAGAUAUCCCACCGGGUCGAAUGGGUGCUUGCAUGGCAUCAGUUAAGAAUAAACUGUACUUAUUCGGAGGUUUAAAUCAGGGUUCCGGUUGGAUGAAUGACUUUUACGAAUUUAACAUCGAGGGAAAACAUUGGAAAGUGUUGGAGCCGUCAGGAGAGAGACCCCUACCGAGAGAUAAAUGCACUUGUGCCGUAGUGUGUUCAAUGAUUUGCAUAUUUGGUGGUUUCGGUCCACAAGGAAUGGCCGAUGAUGACGAAUAUGAAACUGAGGAGGAGGAAGAAUCUGUAGUCCCUGGGGAAAGUGUACAAUUUGGCUGGUUCAAUGAUUUAUUUCUAUAUAACAUCGAAUCAAACUCAUUUUCAUGUCCAAUGCAAUUAAAUCUAGGAGUUCCUACGCCUCGAGCAGCCCAUACAAUGGUGUCGUAUAACGACUGUCUCAUUGUCUUCGGUGGUAGGGAUUCUGACAGUCGUCGGAAUGAUAUUAGCAUUUUUAACACAAAGACUAGGAAAUGGUUAAAAUUUGAGGCAAACGGCACCCCACCCGAACCGAGGUCCUUUCAUACAGCCACUAUUUUCAACGACAAAAUGAUUAUAUUAUGUGGUAGGGGAAUGAAAAACGAGGACUUUUCAGACACUUAUAUGUUUGAUAUUACAAGUAAAACUUGGAGUCGGUUAGCAAAUGACAUUGAUAAAUCGCAUGGAAGGUGCUUACAUUCGGCUUGUUGUGUAAAUGAUAAACUGUAUAUUGUUGGGGGUUCUCGAGAAUUCAACGAAGAAACUCAGCAAUCAAAUAACGUCUGCUCUGACGUAUUAAUUGCUGAUAUUUCUUGUUUACAAAACACGAAUGACGAACCAAUAGAGAAAAAGCAUAAGACGUGA